AUGGAUGAGAGUGACGCGGAUCAAGAGCAAGAUCAGCCAGCACUGCACACUCGAUCCAAAUACCCGAAUGCUUGCAGCGCAGAUGCAGCAGCGAUCGCAUCCACAUCAGCAUUGCCAAUCGAUGAUGACGCACUGCUGUUCGGUGAUGAUGUACUCUUGUAUUCAGCUAUUGAUGACCCUGAUUAUAUGGAUUUCAUCACUACACUGAAUGAUCCGACUCGUUACGAUGUUGUUGACGAGUCGGAAGAUGAUCCCGAAUACAAUUUUAUGUGUGAUCUGGAAUGUGAGGAAACGCCUGAACGAGAUGAAUUGAGAAUGGAUCGUGGAACGGAGAUUCCAAUGCGCGAAGUGGAGAAUCUACUGCAAGAUUUGCUUGACUGUGGUUUGACGAACGCUAACAGUCAUAAUCAGCAAUUCAAUGAAACAAUAACUCAAGAACAUUGCGAUCACAACGAAUCCACAGCGACGCAUCAAUACAGCACUCAAGAGAAUAAAGGUGCUAAUGAUGCAGCCUACAACAGUGGUCAUUUACCACAGUCAACCUCGAAAACGAAGCGCCACAAAAAUGCAUCGGAUCAUCAUCAGCUAUUCACCGAUCAUAUCACUGUUCUAAUGAACGCAACAGAUGAAGACUUGCAAAAAAUAUCGUUGCAAUCGGCCAUCCUUGACGAUACGUCCACCGGCAAACGACCGCAGUUCACAAGCUCUGAACUGGAACAACUACAGAUACAAAUGACAAAGAAUGACUUGUACGAACACAGUACCAAUCAACCGUCAACAUCGAUAUUCGCGAAUAUAAAGAAUCUAGAGGCGAGUAUUGUAACAUGUCACGAUGCGGUCAAUUGUGAGACUGUGCUCUUUCCACAGCUCGAAGAGCCACGUUAUAAAAAAUUGAAUGUACCUCUUGCACAGACCAUGCUGGUUUUGGGACGAAGUAAUGCGUUGUUGUAUCCAGAAUUAAUGCCUACGGUUCGGCUACGUGCACAACCGUCCUAUUAUCAGUACUUUACGGCAGCUGAAGAGUGCUUGUUGGCAAUGGGACAGUACAUGUUCUCGGAUGUGCCGCACUCAACAUCGUCGAAGCGUGACGGUCGCAAUACCCUGAUCGUUCGUCAUUUUUUACCCAACAAACAAGUCUCGCAGAUACGUCUUCACAUGAAGAACUUUCGGUUCAGUCAUGAACCAAUCUACACGAUUAUUGCGGUAGGUAGCGCUGAUAGACUUUUGUUGCUCUUGUUGGCUAUUCAAUAA